AUGAAGAACUCCGGCCAGAACGAUCCGUUCUACCUCGUCCGGCAAGAGAUCCAAGAAACGGUUGAAAGCCUGCUCAGCAAGUUUGCACGGUGGGGUGGGCUGUCACCCUCAAACCCUGAGCGACUGCAGCUGGGCAAGGCCAUCCGACAGGGCUGUGGAAAUGUUUUAUGGCAGUUGGAUGAGUUGCAGUCUGCGAUUAACAAGGCUGCUCAAAAUCCUGCAAAGUUUGACCUGAAUGAGGCUGAACUUGAGAGGCGGAAGAGCUGGUUGUCCACCACAAGGCGACAGAUCAGCAACAUGGAGAACUCCGUGAAGGCUGCCACAGAGCGCGCACAAAGGGGCGAGCCAGGCUCACAGGGUGCUGUCCAAAAAAACGAUCAAUUCAUCACAGAUCAACGGCAGCAGAUGGAGAUGAUCACAAGGCAGCAGGACGACCAGCUGGAGGAGAUAAAUACAGCAGUCGGGAGGUUAGGGCAGAUAGGCUUGACCAUUCAUGAUGAAUUGACCACCCAGGCAGACAUGCUUGACGAACUGGAUGAGGAUGUGGGGGUCACUCAAAGUCGUUUGAAGGUCGCCCAGAGGAAGAUUCAAGAGGUUAUCAAGAAAUCUGGGGGGAAGUGGUAUUUCUGUACUAUCGUGACACUCAUCAUCGUGCUGCUGAUCCUGAUCAUCAUCGCCGUUCAAUGA